AUGUUUACUGCAAAAAAACUACUUUGGGUGCUAAAAGAACAUGGACAGUCUUGGGAUGGCGCUUAUUUUCGUGACACUAUCCUUCGACAACAGGUGAUCCCAUUUCUUCGUGAUUCGUCCAAUGUUCUCGAUACGAACGAAGUGAUAUUUCUUCACGACAAGGCACCUUGUAUGAAAGCGAAUGCAACACAACAUCUUUUAGAAGAUGAGAAUGUGAAUUUCUGGGGAAAUUCAAUUUGGCCAGGCAAUAGUCCUGACAUGAAUCCUGCAGGAAAUAUUGGUGCAAUUAUUAAAGAUAAAGUUGAGGAACUAAUGGAAAAUGAAGAUCGUCGUAGCAGAUACAAUUACGAUGCACUGAAAACGAAUUUGGAGAAUACGCUCAAAGAUCUUGAAAAUGAUACAGAUCUUUUUAUUGACUUGUUAUGCUCGAUGCGAAAAAGAUUUGAUGCUCUCAAGGCUGCUGAUGGGGGUCAUACGAAGUUCUGA